AUGUCUCCCCCAGCAGCCACGUUUGGCGAGCCCAGCUCCCCUACCAAUGCCGCCCAGUUGAAGGCCGGCUUUGAUGUCAAGCCAGUCACAAUCAAUGUCAACAAGUCCAAGACGCUUGACGAGCUGGCCUACAAAUGGGAGGAAGGCUUCAAAUUCGCCCCUAUCCGCGAGUCCCAAGUCUCCCGUGCAAUGACCCGCAGAUACUUCCAGGAUCUCGACACAUAUGCCGAGUCCGACAUUGUGAUUGUUGGUGCUGGAUCCUGUGGGCUUAGUGCUGCGUAUAUGCUUGGCAAGGCUCGCCCAGAUCUCAAGAUCGCCAUCAUUGAGGCAUCCGUCUCCCCGGGCGGUGGAGCGUGGCUUGGAGGCCAGCUUUUCAGUGCGAUGGUGAUGCGCAAACCGGCUGACGCUUUCUUGACCGACCUUGGUGUUGCAUUUGAAGAUGAGGGUGAUUUCGUUGUGGUGAAGCAUGCAGCGCUCUUCACUUCCACCCUCCUCUCAAAAGUGCUUUCUUUCCCCAACAUCAAGCUCUUCAAUGCCACGGCAGUCGAAGACCUCAUCACCCGCACCUCCCCCGAUGGCACCCUCCGCAUUGCGGGCGUUGUCACAAACUGGACUCUGGUAACCAUGCACCAUGACGACCAAUCUUGCAUGGACCCAAACACCAUCAAUGCCCCGGUUGUCAUCUCAACCACAGGACAUGAUGGCCCCUUCGGCGCCUUUAGCGUUAAGCGGCUCGUCUCCAUGCAACAGCUUGACAAGCUUGGAGGCAUGCGUGGUCUUGACAUGAACACAGCUGAAGACGCUAUCGUCAAGCGUACCAGAGAGAUAGUGCCGGGACUGAUCGUUGGAGGGAUGGAGUUGAGUGAGGUGGAUGGCGCAAAUCGUAUGGGCCCUACCUUUGGCGCUAUGGCGCUAUCGGGUGUCAAAGCCGCUGAGGAGGCAUUGGAGAUUUUCGCCGAGAGGAAGCGACAGAACGAAUACUAG